CCAUCUUGCUGCCGAGGGCGGCCACCUUGAAGUUAUGGAUGAACUGCUUGAACGUGGUGCUAAUAUUGAUGCAAGAACUAAAGGCGCUUGUGGUUGGACACCACUUCAUACAGCAGCCAAAGAAAGAAAGAAAGAAGCAGUCAAGUUUCUGAUAGAGAAUGGGGCAUUUUUGCCGGAUGACAUCAACGAUAGCCGAUUUAAUCCACCACUCCAUUACUGCCCUGGUCUUGAAUGGGCAUAUGAGGAGAUGAAGCGUCUUCAAAGAGACAACUUAUCAGCAGGGGAGACAUCUUAUAGCUCUGAAAGUCUAUAAUAACAACGGGCUUGUUGCUCUUGUGUUUGGAGUCUAGUGCUUUUAUGUUUUUCUCUCAACUGUUGGCUAAAGUAUGCUUGAGCCUGUACUCUAUAUUUGCUGUGUUGAUUUUCAGAAGCCUGUGUGGUUUGCAUAUGAUGCUAAUAAAGUAGUUGACAUGAAUUUGAUGGUUAAUUGACCCUGUGAAACUAUAUUGUUAGAAUUCAAUAUUUUUGUGUUUGUCAAGGCAAAAGUGCGGAAAAUACAUGCGCAAUUGCAUUAGCGUUCGCUUUGCAGUUGCAAACAACUUGCCAGAUCA